ACUUAAGUCUUACUUUGAAAUAUGUUAUCACAUAUCAUAAUAUCGUAUCACAAACACAACAAGUACACAUGCGUGCACACACACACAUCUACGUUAAGUGUAACACCAACUGUGCAAGGAUUGAUUGCAGUUGAAAAAUGUUUUCAAACGACUACGUUGCAAGCGACGGAAGCGGACGCCAAUUCGUUGGGAGGAACCGUAUCGAGAUCGGAAUGGCGCUGGCAGAACGUCCACGCGGAAGAAAUUUUACAGGAAGAGCACGAAAGCAUCACUUUGUUCCCCUUUCUGUUCGAGGCAUCCAUUCGGUGGUGCUGAUCCUUGUGUUACUCUCACUUACUAUGCAAAAUUUGGCCCAGGAUCCUGAUGCAGAAACAGGAACAACUGGAGCCAGUGGUACUGAAAGUAAUAAUAAAGCUGAUGUCGUUUGGCGCGAGGGGUACGCGGGCGACGGUACGACUCACGAGCAGCUCGGACAGGACCACUGGCCUUCCGUCGAGUACAGCCCAUACCUUGGUUUCGGCAAUUAUUCCCUGGAUCUAACCUCUUCACAAAAAGCUCUGAGUCCCGUUAAUACAUUAACGCACUUCGCCUUGCGGUUGUUUUUGCCCGACCUGCCUCCGGGCUAUGUUACGACGACGGCCAACAACAAGUUGGUUCUCGGCCCUAAGGUGUGGAAGAACGAUUGGGCUGCUCUAUUGGCUCGGUACUGGUUUCUGCUUCUUGUCGUGAUAUCCCUCCUCGUCUGUAUAAUUAUCAUACCGUUUAUUGGUGUUUGCUAUUGCUGCUUCUGCUGCUGCUUACGUUGCAAGCAAAAUAAGAGAUCGAACAAGUUCCGGAGGCGUUGUCUUUGCAGCGUUUGCCUUGCCCUUCUCGUUAUUGGCCUUAUGCUUGGUCUUUUCAUAAUGUUUAUUGCGAACAAGUUUCUGGAUCGCGGACUAGAAGACAGCAAUAUGACAAUGAAACGUGCUAGCAGGGACACUUGCACCUUUUUAAAAGAUGUGGCUGAUCAUAUCUACCAUUUGCUGGUGUACAAUUACCAGGAGCUGGAAGCCCACCUCGAAGAUCAACUUAAUAACGCACAUGAUCACAUAUUCCUGGACCUGGGGGAUACCUCCGAGAGUACUGCGCUAGCAGAAAUGGAGCGCAUCUUGAACAACAUGCCGAAAGCCCUUAAGAUUAUGAUGCAAGUGGAGGCCUUAGAGCAGGAUAUCCGUUUCUUUGGGUCCCAAUUUAGAGACGGUAUGCGGGGCCAGAAACGAGAUCUUAGCUACGCUGCUUAUGCUUUGUGCCAUUUGGAAAAAUGCUAUAAGUUCAACCAUGACAUGGGUGUAGUGACUUACGAUGUUUCAAAGUGCCUGCACUUAGACCUGAUUCCUAAUACUACGGUCUUUGUCGAAGCUAUGAAACAAAUUAUUGACGACAAACUUUAUCAGAUCCCAAUAAGGGGAAUGGCCCGCUUAAAAAAGGUUAAGGAAAUUAUCCUGAAACAGAUGAAACUCGUUCUUCCGCCAAUAUUUCGAAGCCUUACUAGAUCAAGGAUAAUGUUUCUGAAUGAAGCUAUAGAAAUCCGCGACUUGAUUGAUUCUAUGAUCAGCGAUAUUCACCUAAACACACUGAGGACCGCAAGGACAUUUGACGACGUCUACGAAAAGUUUGGCGAAGAUCGCAGGACUAUUAACAUCGUCAUUUUUUUGUUAAUCUUUAUAAUUAUAGUAAUCUUGAUAUCGGCACUGGUAUGCGGCUUCUUAGGGCCUAACCGGACAAUGCCAGGACCCCCUAGGGUAUUCUCAAAGGGAAUGGCUGCCUCAUGUCUAUUUAUCGCCAUCAUCAUGAUAUUUUGUGUGUUCUCGUUCAUCACGCUAGUUGGACUGUUCUACUUGAUAAUCGGUUUGAUAACUUACACGAGCGCAUGUGCUCCAUUAAAAAAUGAUCGAAACAUCUUCCGAUAUCUCGACCCCGUUAUCGAUAUCAAUCGCUACAUGUCGGGGAGUACGGAAGUAAGGGAACCGUUUUCCACGCUGCCAGUGUCGGAGGCAAUCAGGGCCUGCAAUGCAAAUGAGUCCGUAUUUCAGCUGUUGAGAGCGAAGAAUAUUUACGACAUAAAAAAGUUGUUAAAUUUGGAAGUAUUCGUCGACGGCUUUGAAGAUCCCCCUCUGUUCACUGGGGAUUUAUCCAAAGUGGAGCUCAUCCUGGAAAAGGAGAAAUUACUUCUCACUGACAUGCGUGAAGGCAAUUUGUCCGAAUACCACAGCAGCUUAUACAGCGAGCAUCUUUGCACCAAAUUUAUCCAUACGGAUUUCUCCAUAAUAAAGAGCAAAUCGAUGGCAUUUGUUUAUGAAAUAAACACAAAAUAUCUAAAAGGGUGGUCAGGCGUAAUUGCUUACUACCUGGCUGCCGUAGAUCUAAUAAGAUACGGAAAUUAUUUCUUGAACCCAUUGACGAAUGCCGUAAAAAAAUUAUUGGAAAAAGUAAAGGAAAUUGAUAAGCUCAUUCUAUACGACAACAAUAACUUUGGCGACUCUUUUAAAAUACUGAUGGACGCGGUUGAAAGGUCCGAGAGCUUUAUUAGGAAUAAAGGCAACGAUUACAUCAACCAUCUCGCCAAUAACCUUUCGACUUCGGUCAACCUUCAGAUUCAAGACUAUGUCGAAAGAGUGAUUAGGGAAGCGGAAAACAACGUAGGACACUGUAAGCCUCUGGCCUACAUUUACCAUCAAGGCGCUUCCUUAAUUUGUGAACGUCUAGUCGAUCCGAUAAACGCAUUUUGGCUGGCCACUCUUUUUUGCUGCAUGCUUCUCCUGCCCAUCCUGCUGGUAGCCCAUUGUCUGAUGUGCAUGUACUCUAAAAUCUAUCCGUCUCCGAUUGUCGCUCAAUUAGCAGCAGUAGAAGCAGCAAGAUGUCCAGUUUGCACAGGUCCGCCGGUCAUGCUAGCGCCGGCAAAUAUUUUGUCACCAGAUUUCCGCGGCAAGGCUGGGCUCACAGCUCCAGAAGAGUUGGACAGGCCGCUACAAGUUGUUGCAGUCAGAGCGGAAUCUGUAGCGAUCAGCAAACGUAAGAAAGACUAGCAUAUUUUUUAAGCAGACCGACACGGCCUUACUUACCCGGAGGCAGGUCGGACAAAUACAACUGCAAGGUGAAGUACGUUAAUUUAUUAACGGGAUCUUUUAAAUGUGA